AUGACAUCUACACAGAAAUCACGAGUUAAUAUCACAGUGCCACCUACUGGCAACAGGAGGUUUACACCCGACUUCACUUUGUCUCGAGUGAUCAGGGAGCUCAAGUUGGUGACUUGUGGAGGCUUUGAGUUUGUGUUUGUCCUGAACACCUCCUUGCCCUUCCACAUGUUAGCUGAGUGUGCAGAGACCCUGCCCAGACCGAGCUGGGAACUGGAGCUCUACAUCAUAGUGUCUCUCAUAAUGAGAUUGAACGAGUACAGUGACUCGGCCCAGAACUCCAGAGGAUUAUAUGCGUCAAGCUACGUAGCAGCGCGGGUCGGAGAACGACAGAGCAACACUCGCACCCUGUCCAACUCCCAAGACAGUCAAGAUAAGAGGUUCAGGAUGGGCUUCGGUCACUCACCUAUGCAAGCUGCUUCCUCCCAGCUGACCUAUGGUAGUACAACCUCAGGCCAAGAAGGUCCUCCAGCUGCCUGCCAGUUAACCAACCGCAAGGCUUGCAGUACCAAACAGGUGGACUUCCAGAGUCAAAACCUAGCUGGAUCGUCUGUGCCUCACAGAGGCCUCUGCGCUGACGUUCAAGAUUAUACAAAUCUGGUAGGAGCCAUGGACGACGACCUCAACCGCCGAGAGCCACUCAGUGCAGAGGCUCUGCAGGAGCAGAGCUCUCAGUCCGUACAAAGCAAAGUGUUGAAAUCCAAAAGAAAGCUGCGGGGUAAAACAAAAGCCCAGAGGAAGAAGGAAAAGAAAGAGAAAGAGAAAAAAAUAACAGGAAAGACUCAGGGAGAAGAGCUUAAAGAUAACCUCGCUGACAACGACGACAGCUCCUACACCACUACAGAGACCUCUACCCCAGAUAUGGAGUCAAACAUCAGCGAGGAACCAGUGACAAAUAAAGGCAGGACAGUAACCACUGGGAAAGUGAAAGAAGGAACUUCAAAUUUCCUAAUCAAGCCCAAAACCAAGAAACAAGGAACCAUCAAGAAAGAGACUCAAGCAGAAAAAUCCAGUUCUCUGGAGCUGCCAUAUAUAACACCACUGGAAAACAAACAGCGUAAUAGCUUCACUUCCAAAGCUCUCCACCCUUUCACUAACAUCCCAAAGACCAAACCCCUGCAGAAAAAGAGAUUUGAUGGGAGGCUGGAAGACGGAUGCCCCUCUCUGCUGGCCAAACUCUUGUCCAGCGGCGGGUCUGCCCCUAAAGCCGGCCACAGCAGCAGCUCUGAGGGUGAGAAGGAGUUAUUUUCACCAGAGUGGGGUGUGCCUGUUUCGAAAAACAGCGUCCCAGAAUCAGACAGUAUUCAGCAGAUCUCACUCCAGACUAUAAACGCUGACCCUUUCCUGAAGAGAUCCGCCCCCUGCUCCCCUCCACCGACCUCCCCCAGCUUACUGUCACGAGGCACCUACAGCAGUGUGCUCAACAGUAACAGCGAGGUAUACCAGAGGAAGGCCCCAGGAAAGAAACUGUCUCCUGCCACUUCACUGCCAGGCAAAAAUGAGAACCCAGCUUUCGUAGCUGCUGGUUAUGACAAAAACCCAGGCGGGUCUUGCCCAGGUAAAACUGACAGCCAAGGAAAGAGAUUGGCACACAUGACAUCAGUGGAAAGUGACAGCUCUGAAAGCUCUACAUUAUCGAGUCCCAUUGACAAAGCGAGCAGUUCAAACUUUCAUUCUGCCAACUCAUUCUCUGCUUUUGGGCCAAACAAUUCCUUCAACCUGUCAGAAGUUUUCAGUGGAAGGAAUCUCCCAAAAUCAUCUGAGCCAAGCUGGCCCGAGAUAACCCCUGUACCCUCGUCCAUCUGGGACAAACCCAUCACCGACACUCUGAACUCCUGGCCCAGCAGCUCCAGCUCACCAACGGCCCCGACUGCAUCACUCCUGGGAAACAGCCACAGUCCUUGGUCCACAACCACGUCUUUCGGCAGUUCCAUUUGGUUCACAAGUACAGAUUCAGCCUUACACCCUUUUCCUCCCACUACCAACACCACAACACUGACUGAUCUGGUCAACAGCUCCAACUUGUUGCUUCCAGCUUCUACUGAGAUGAGUCCCACCUACAACCCGUGGAAUAUGUGGCGCAGUCAAACACUAGAGGGCAGAAUCGACACAAGUGUUCAGUCCCGAUCUAAUGUGGGUAUUCACUUCAUUUAA